AUGUAUAAGGACAGCGAAAAAUACGACGCCGAAAAAAAAGGGGAGGGAAAAAACGAAAAGGUUAUAAUCAGAGUGAAAAGAAAAAUCGAUGAAAUAACCAUCCCGUCAAUUUACGUGAAAAAGUCCAAUAAAAGAGUAUGCAAUGGUAUAUUUUACAAAUACAUCGACACGGUAAUUCCGGAGGUAGAUAUAGAGAAGAAAAACGUCGAAUGUGUUAACUUGUUCCGAAAGCAUGAACAGCACCACAGCAGUUGCAGUGACUUGUCACCCCUUGUCGAUAAAAAGAGAAAAUUCAACUCCCUUAAGGGUUUUGAAAAGGAUUUAAAGGAAGCCAUAAAUAAUUUAAAAAGGUACAAAAUAGUGAACCAAAAUAUUCAAUACGUCGAUUUGGAUGCGCAAAAAAAUGGAAUUUACAAAAUUAUCGAUGUGAAUUUGUUGCAAGAAUGGGGCUAUGCUAAUGUGGAUGAUGAUGCGGGGGCCGAUGCGAGGGCCGGUGCGGGUGCGAGUGCGAGUGCUGGUGCUGCUCGAAAGGAUGAGACGAAAGAGGAGAACGCACGGGGGCAGACGGAGAAAGACGCACAUAACCAAACCGAGCAGGAAUAUGAAUACGAUUUAUACAUUGUAGAUGACCAGAAAAUAGAGAUAAACGAUUAUAUGGACUAUCUGUACCACAUUAAAAAUAAUAAUGUGGAUUCAUCGGAGGUUAUUGUGUUGGAGGAUGUGUAUGGCAACAACUCCAACGACUCCGAUCGUGACACAGUGAAGGAAAUGUCGGAUUACCCCGACGAGAGCUCGAGCAGUGGCGAUGGUUGCAGCAGUGUAUGCAGCGUUGAUGAGUGUGGUGACGAUCCUGUGAGUAGCGACUCCUACGACGGAAGCGCGGGAAGUAACCGCCACCACGAGACCAACCUGCAUAGCGACUGCUACGGUGGGAGUUUGGGAAGCGACUAUAACCUCGAGAAUAAUCUGGACGUCGGUUCACACGAGAACAACUUCCCCAGCGAUUUCUACGAUGAGAAUUCCGUGGACCAGCUUAGCAACUGCAGUGAGGAUAACCCUUUCGGAGCCUACGUUAAAAAUGCUGGCAGUGAUGAAAACCUGUUUGGAAGCAGGCGGUGUGGUAUGAACAACUUGGGGAGCUACAUAAAGGGGAAGUUACCCAAAAGCGGUUACAAUAACCAAAACGGUGUUAGCCAUCACAAUGGCAGCAGUAGCAACGCCCUCAGUAGGGACUUCCCCCAAAAGAGUCCCCCCAAGAAAAACGAAAGAAAAACCCACACGCGCAGUAAAAAAAUGAACUCCUUAAUCUUUGAAGAGAAAAUAAAGGACGAGUUAGAAAAACGGUUAAAAAAAAAAAAUGAAAAUAUGCUAAACGUGACGUUAUCGGAGAAGCUAAAAAUUCUGGAGCAGAUGGAAAAUGAGUACUAUGAUAAGUAG